AUGGGCCUCCUCAGCUCCCUGCGGCCGCACCGCCGCGGGAGCGGCGGCGGCGGCGCGCAGUGGCAGUGGUCGUUCCUCGACGCCGUCUGGGCGGUGUUCCUCGUGGCCGUGGUCGUCUUCCUCGCGCUCGUCUUCACGCCGCGCCGCGGGGACACCCUCGCUGCCGCGGUGGUGCCGCCCUGUGCCGCCUCGGAGGUGGACCUCCUCCCCUGCGAGGACCCCCGCCGAAGCUCCCGCCUCAGCCGCGAGAUGAACUACUACCGCGAGCGCCACUGCCCCGCGCGGGGGGAGGCGCCCGCGUGCCUCGUCCCGCCGCCGCCCGGCUACCGCGUGCCCGUGCCCUGGCCCGAGAGCCUCCACAAGAUAUGGCAUGAUAACAUGCCUUAUGGCAAGAUUGCUGAAAGAAAAGGUCAUCAAGGGUGGAUGAAGCAGGAAGGCUCAUACUUCCUUUUUCCUGGUGGCGGAACUAUGUUUCCUGAUGGUGCCGAACAAUAUAUUGAAAAGCUUACCAAGUAUGUUCCACUAAGAAGUGGUCUCCUGAGGACAGGUCUUGAUAUGGGUUGUGGGGUUGCUAGCUUUGGUGGGUUUCUGCUCAAAGAGAAUAUCACGGCACUUUCCUUCGCCCCAAGAGAUUCACAUAAGUCGCAAAUACAAUUUGCGCUCGAGAGAGGAAUUCCUGCAUUUCUUUUGAUGUUGGGCACACGCCGUCUUCCAUUUCCAGCACAGUCCUUUGAUUUCGUCCAUUGCUCUCGAUGUUUGAUACCUUUUACUGCCUACAAUGGCAGUUAUUUGAUUGAAGUUGACCGUCUACUUAGACCGGGAGGUUAUCUGAUUAUAUCCGGACCCCCUGUGCAGUGGAAGAAGCAGGAGAAGGAAUGGGGUGAACUUCAAGCAAUGGCACGGUCUUUGUGUUACAAUUUGGUUACUGUAGAUGGCAACACGGCCAUUUGGAAGAAACCUAGUCAGGCGGCAUGUCUUCCUAACCAAAAUCAAUUUGGCCUUGAUUUGUGUAGUACUGAUGAUGAUCCAGAUGAAGCAUGGUACUUCAAGUUGAAGAAAUGCAUAAGUAAAGUUUCUCUGUCAGAAGAAAUAGCCGUUGGUUCCAUUGAUAAGUGGCCAAAUAGGCUGUCUAAACCUUCUGCUAGGGCCUCCUUUAUGGAUGAUGGUGUAAACUUGUUUGAAGCAGAUACACAGAAGUGGUUCAAAAGAGUAUCAUAUUACAAGAGAUCACUUGGUGUGAAGCUAGGUACUGCACUCAUACGUAAUGUCAUGGACAUGAAUGCAUUCUUUGGAGGAUUGGCGGCUGCUGUAGCGUCUGAUCCUGUGUGGGUUAUGAAUGUUGUUCCUGCUAAAAAACCAUUGACACUUGGCGUAAUAUAUGACAGGGGCCUGAUUGGAGUUUAUCAUGAUUGGUGUGAGCCUUUCUCAACAUAUCCUCGUACCUAUGACCUGAUUCAUGCUGAUGGAAUCAAUUCUUUGAUAAGCGACCCAAAGUCUGGAAGGAGCAGAUGUGACCUGUUUGAUGUCAUGUUGGAGAUGGACCGCAUAUUGCGCCCAGAAGGAACUGCUGUCAUACGGGACUCCCCAGAUGUGAUCAACAAGGCUGUACAGGUAGCUCGGUCGAUUCGGUGGACUACUCAGGUACACGACAGUGAGCCUGAAUCAAGCAGUGCUGAGAAAAUACUUGUAGCGACGAAAACAUUUUGGAAGCUACCAUUAACAUCGGGAUAG